CAAAUGCAGACAUGCAACAAUCGCAUCUGUACGCAAAUGCGGAUUUCUAAUAAAUUGAUAAGCGAAACACUUUGACAACUCUGGCGACGGCAAGGCGAAUGAAAAUUGGCUAAACAGCAAGCCGAGUGAACACAAUGGAAUUGUGUUAACGUUAACGCACAUACAAUGCCACUCGCGUCGCCAAGCUAACUCUGUUUACCCUCAUCAAUAUUGGCCGCCAGCAGCUGCCACCUUGCAUUGCCAUUGCCUCACGGAUCAUUCUCACUGCCAGGCAACUUGAGGAAACCAACAUGCCCAUGAGUGAUGUGGCCGCAGCACUAAUCUAUACGGAGCACGGCAACGGCACAACGAAGCACACUAAGGCGCUGCCGCCGCCAUCCACGACACCACCUUCAACAGCAACAACAACUGGAACUGGAACUGGUGCUGCCAGCAACAUGACCAACUCAUCCAAGGCAGACGUCAUUGCUGGCGGUGCUACCGUCGCCGCCGCUGCUGCUCAGCUGGGCAGCAUGCUGGCGCCAGCAACUAGUCUGGCGCUGGCCAAUAUGCAGGGCCAAAAAUGGCAAACUGCCUUGGACUUGGACAAGAUGAUCAAACAAUUGCGCGCCGCCGAAAAGAUGCAUUUGCGUGGCGCUAGCAGAGCUGGUGGCAACAGCAACAGCAGCGGCGGUGGCUCUGGUUCAACUGGCAAUGAAGCAAAACAAGCGCCACAUGUGGUGCAGGUGCAGCGCCUAAAUGCCGCGGACAUGGCUUACUAUGAUAUGGUGCCCAAGCAGGCGACACGCGACAUUGUUGUGUGCAAUGCGUGCAGUGGCAGCUACACAAAAGUUGGUUUCAAUAAUCAUAUUGCGCUACAGCAUCCCAAUAUCUGGGAUGCCAUACCCAACAAGCUGAACGGCACGGAGGCGCGCUCUAAUGCUGCAGCAGCUGCUGUGGCGGAGAACAGUCAGGACGGGGUGCGUGAACCGCCGGAAUUGUUGGGCUCACCCACCGACACGCUAUCGGCGACCAUGUCCAGUUGCUCGAAUGGCUCCAGCAGCUCGCAAGCUGCUGCCAAUAACAACAGCAACACGCACGCCUCCAGCAGCUCGGCCUCGUCAUCAUCGUCGUCGCGUCAUAAAAGCAGCAGCAGCAAGAGUACCAGUUCCUCAAAGACCAGCGGCAGCAGCAGCACAGGUCGCUCGCGUUCCAAGUCGUCCAAGAAUCGCCACCAUUCGGAUGUGCAUCACAAGGUGGGCUCCAAAAAGAGCAGUGCCAGUGCCAUAGCAACAGCCGCUCCAGCGUCAAUCCCGGCAGCUGCAGCUGCUCCAGUCGCUGUCAAGGAUGAGGCGCCGCCGCCGCCAACUGUACAGCCACCCAUAACGGUCUUCUCAUCCUCAUCCAAUUCGUCGUGCUCGCUGCCGUCGACGCCAACGCUGGCGGCUGUCGCUAGCAGUGGCAACGAGCAUGCCGUCAACUACUCCCACGCGCCCGCCCAACUAGCCAAUAUGUUGGACGAGACGCAGCCAAGUAAAAAGAAGCUGAAAGGAUCGGUAGCAGCAGCAGCAGCAGCUGAGACAGCGUCGCAUCAUCGCAGCAAACCUGCCAAGGAGAAGCAAAUGGCGCCACUUUAUGGGCAACAGCUAAGUGAGCUGGAUCAGGCCGUCUCCUCAAUAACUGGCCAGGUGGAUGUGGAGUCACAGCAGCAGCAGCAGCAGCUGCAACGCCAGCAUCAGGUCGAUUUGUCGGCCGUCACCGAGGAGCCACUGCCCAUGCAAAAUACAUCCGAUGAUAAUUCCAUAUCACUGACACUGGACGACAUGCUCGACAGCAAGUUUAUCAAUGAGAUUCUAAGCACCGUCGAGUCGGACAUACCCUUCGAUGAGAGCGCACUGGACACAACACAGUCACAACAGCAGGCGCAACAGCAGCAACAGCAGCUGUCGGCAGAGCAGCAUGAGCCAAUAACGAAGCGAUUGCGUUAUGAUGAUGGCACCAUCAAUGCCGAUGCCGCUGACUAUGCCACGGCGCUCUACCAGCAACAGCAGCAGCAGGUGCCACAGGUGUACAGCGAGGAGCCACAGCAGGAUGGAGAGCAAACGCAGCUAACUGCCAUGGAUGCCAUGCAGCUGCAGCAACUCAUCUAUCAGCAGCAGCAAAUGUUGGAGCAGGCGGAUCAGCAGCAGCAGCAACAACAACAGCAGCAGCAACAAUUGAAGCAGGAGCAGCUUAAUGCGGCGGCAACGGCACAGUUUAGCGUCUACAAUGUGCCCUCGCUGACAGAUGAUGCUGAGUCGCCCGAGGUGGCAGCAGCGGGCGCCGAUGAGCACAUGAUGCUACCAAGUAUUAUCUAUGAGAUUAGCGAUAAUAAUCAGGUGUCUGUGCUGGAUCAGCAGAGUCAGCAGCAAGUCAUAGCUGAAUUUCUAAACCAAGCGGGCUACGACAAUGUUGAUGUCAAUGUCAAUGUCAAUGUGAAUGUGUUGCAGGCAGCAACGGAGGGCGUCGGCGUGGGCGUGGCCAAUCAUUUUAAUGAUGAACUAAGCGAUUUUGAUUUUACAAAACUGGAGACUGUUAGCGCGGAAGCCAACCACAUAAAGACUGUCAAGCUGGAAAACCAGCCACAACAACAACAACAACAACCACAACAACAAGCUACCAACAACAGCAGCACAUACAAUAGCUAUGAAAGCGUGCUGCAAGCACAGCCACAUCGCCAACUGGCCAAUGCCAAAUAUCUUGAGGACUCAACAUACUUUAAUAUGACACUUUAUGCGGGCCCGCCACGUCCGCUGGCCAUGAACACCUUUGGUCUGGUCAAGCUGCCCAAUGGCAUGGGCGCCACGCUGCGCAAGAAUCUGCUAAUGACGCGCAAGGCGAACAAUAGUUUACUCUCGCUGAACGGCACCAGCGGAGUUGUCGGCACACUGGCUCGUCCGCCACCGCCGCCGCCAACGGUAAACUGCAAUGGCAAUGGGACACAGCUGCUGCUGCUGCCGCGCAAUGGCAACAGCCAAGGCAAGACAAUAUAUGCGCAAAAGUGCAGCAUUAUUUCACAGGAGCGGCUCAGAUGCAACAAGCGUGCCUUGCUCAGUCGCCUGGGCAGCAGCAGCAACAGCAACAUUGGCAACAGCAUGACAGUAAAGCGCCUGAACGAACUGUUGUCGGGCAAGGUGAAGUCGCCAGCGGAUAGGGAGAAGGAUAAGGAGAAGGCUGAACACAAUGAAGCCAGCGAACAACAGCAGCAGCAACAACAGUUGCAGCAGCAGCAGCAGGAGGAGAACAAGCGCAUGCAUAGUUUCUAUGAGAAGCGUCGCAAGUUGCUGGCGGCGCGUCAUCAGCGACAGUCGCUAAUUAGCAAAAACAACGGGAAUCGAUCAUUUAUGCGACAGCGUCCAAUGCAUUUACCGCUGCAGCUGCACGGCGGCAACAACAAUGCCAUUGGUAGUCCAAGUCCACAGCAACAGUUGCUGAAGAAACAGCUGAUGCGCACGUUGUCCGACAGCAGCAAUAUACAAGCUGCAACUGUUGGCGGCGGCGGCAGCGGUGCCGGCAAUGUCGUCGGCAAUCCAUGGAAGAGCAACAGCUCCACGCCGGGCAGCAACUCGGUGGGCAGCGAUCUAAUGCGUGUAUUUGUCUGAAUAUACAUA